GAGGAUGGAGUUAGACGAAGCCCUGAUCCUACUUGGAGACUUUGGCUUAUACCAGACUAUUAUAUAUGUCCUGAUAUGCGUGUCCGGGCAGUUUACCCAGGCCUGGCACAUGCUGAGUAUGGCUUUCCUCGGAGGACUACCAGAACACCACUGUAAGGUGCCAGGAGUAAACCGUAACCACAGCAUACCCUCUAGCCUGGUGGACGGUCGUGAGGUGUACAGUCAAUGCAGUAUGUACAAAAACUUCAGCAUUGACAACUCGACCGUGCCAUGCGAGAAUGGCUGGGAGUACAGCUUCCAGUCUACAAUCGUAACUGAGUGGGACCUGGUGUGUGACAAGUCAGCACUAGUAGAGACAUCUGAGUCCGUCUUCAUGGUGGGCGUCAUGGUCGGCUCGUUGAUAUUCGGGCAGCUGUCGGACCACUUCGGACGCCUUCGGGUCUGGAUCGUGUCCAUCUGGCUGCAGAUGAUUUUCGGAGUGGGCACAGCGUUUGCGCAGGACUACUACUCCUUCACUAUACUGAAGUUUAUAACAGGAGCCCUAGAACAGGGGGUUGAUCUCGUGUCGUACGUGAUGGCUACAGAGAUGUUCUCCCCCGCCCGCCGCAGCUUUGCCGGGGUGCUGACGACUCUGUUCUGGGCCUCGGGCAUCAUGAGCCUGGCCCUACUGGCCUACCUCCUCCCCAACUGGCGGCACCUGCAGCUUCUUAUCUCUCUCUUCAACAUCAUCGCCCUGCCCUACUGGUGGGUUAUUCCGGAAUCAUCUAGAUGGCUUGUUUCGAGAGGCAGAAUCAGCGAAGCGGAAGAGAUCCUACAGAAGGCGGCCAGGUUUAAUAACAAAGCCGUACCCAGCCCCAUGCUCGUUAGCGGGGAUGGUGCGGGAAAGUACCAACCUGAUCUACACCAAGUUCCUGAUGUCGGACCCAUUAGUAUUUGUGGUAAAGAGCACGGCUUACACGUCAAUGGCUCGUCAGGCGACUCUGCGGGGAAGAAAAAUCUUCUAGACUUAUUCCGAACGCCCAGAUUGCGGAAGGUCACCCUCAUUAUGAUGUUUGUGUGGUGGGUGAACUCCCUGGUGUAUUAUGGUCUGUCUCUCAACACGGACAUUCUGGCUGGUGACAAGUACGUCAAUAUCUUCAUCAGUGGCGCUGUGGAGAUUCCAGCCUACAUCAUCUCGAGUUUUGUCAUCCACAGGUGGGGACGACGCUUGCCUUUGUGUCUAUUUCAUGUGGUGGGCGGAGUGUCGUGUGCGCUGACGAUAGCUAUCCCCACAUCAGUUAAUGGGGUUGAUCUUUCACCGUUGGUGGUGACCCUUGCCAUGCUGGGGAAGUUUGGCAUCGCUGCUUCCUACGCUAUCGUGUUCCUGUAUGCUACAGAACUGUUCCCUACUGUGGUGAGGAACGUUGGGGUAGGUGUGUCAUCGUUCUCGUCCAGGGUUGGUGGUAUCAUAGCUCCCUUCGCCAUGUAUCUGGAGCGAGUGAGCAGUAUCCACGUCCCUUUGGUGCUGUUUGGUGUACUGUCCAUUCUAGCCGGCCUGACAGCGCUCCUGCUGACGGAGACCAAGGGAAGGAAGAUGCCACAAACCAUAGACGAGCUGGAGGAUAGUUCUGAUUGAUUGUUUUGAGUGGGAAUGUGGUCUGAGCCGGCUGAGAUGUGCUACAGGGGUGGGGGCGGGAGUGAUGUAGUUGAAAUAGCCUACCAACUUGGUUAAACUAGGCGUGAAUGUAGUGCAACACCUCUAGUCUAAUGUAUUGAUGCAAGACUCCAAAGUUAAAUUU